CGCCGUAUGGUUCGCUCCGUUCUGUUCCCUGGCUCUCCCAGGCGGCAGGAGCUCAGUGUAUGAGUAGCCGGCUGCGAGCGCGGCUUGCUGGAGACAGGGGGAGGAGAUGCUGCCCGACCCCCGGCUCCUCACGGCCUGUCAGGAAGCGGAGGAGGGAUGAGGAGACCCCCACUGCCGACAUGGAGCCGGUGAUCAGCCCCCAGCGGAAGCGGCGCUGCAGCCCCCUGAAGGAGCGGCCCCCCGCCCCCCUCACCCUCCAGACCCUGAACGGCACCCGCCGCCCCCAGCAGCCCAGGAAGCGGCUCCCGGGACCCCGCUACAGCCUGCUGGCCGAGAUCGGACGCGGCAGCUACGGCGUGGUGUACGAGGCCCUGGCCCGGAAGAGCGGCGCCCGGGUGGCGGUGAAGAAGAUCCGCUGCGACGCCCCGGAGAACGUGGAGCUGGCCCUGUCCGAGUUCUGGGCUCUGACCAGCCUGCGCCGCCGCCACCCCAACAUCGUGCGCUUCGAGGAGUGCGUGCUGCAGCGCAACGGCCUGGCCCAGAGGAUGAGCCACGGCAACAAGAACUCCCAGCUCUACCUGCGGCUGGUGGAGACCUCCAUCAAAGGUACCACGACAGCCCCCCCGGGAAUGGGACUGGGGGGACACGGGGGACUGCUACACGGGGGGGAGGGCUACUACAGCCCGGGGCUUGGGGGGGAGCCUACUACACGGGGGGGAGCUGCUACUACAGCCCGGGGACUGGGGCCUACUACAGCUGGGGGGGCCUGGGACACGGGGGGUGGGGUUGCUGCUACAGUGGGGAGCUGCUACUACAGCCCGGGGACUGGGAGGCCUACUACACGGGAGCUGCUACUACAGCCCGGGGACUGGGGGCCUACUACACGGGGGGGAGCUGCUACUACAGCCCGGGGACUGGGGCACGGAGGGCUUGGUCACACAGCUGCCUUCAUGGGGGGCCAGGGUGAGGGAAGCUGUAAUCGUAGUGUGUGCUGGGAGACGCUGGGUAAUAGAGGCCGGGGAUGAGGCCUAGGAAGGGGUGUGUACUCCCACAUGAGGCUGGGCUCCAUGGCAGAGAGCAGGCCUUGCUGUGCCCUGGGCUGCCAUUAGGGAAUGUGUCCUCCACCCCCCCAAUCAGAGCCCCAGACACUGUGUGUGUGUGUACACUGGCUGGUGCCCCAGACUGGCUGUAACCAUCCCCAGGGCUGGGCUCUGGGACCCAGGGGGGUUUGGGGUUAAACUCCAUCAAAUGCUGGGGUGUACUGGCCGGGAAUGUGAGUGUGGGGAUUGGGAGCCUGCUUUUGUCUGCUAGGAAGUAAUAAUAAUGGUGAUAGGCCUGGAGCAUGGGAUGUCCCAAGUGAGAGAGAAUGUGUAUACCUGCAGCCUGGGCCUCUAUAUGACAUCUGUGUUUGCCAUGCAGUGCUUACAAAGACAGGUGGGGAACUCCUUUGGGACAAGGCUGCAUCUCUGUAAAUCAAAUGUAUACAUUGCAUAGCGCUGUCACGUAUAGACAAGCAGACACUUCUCUGCCACUUGCUGCACUUCCUUUGGGAGUGCAGGACGUGGGACUGAACGUCUGUACCAAAAUCGCCCUUUAAUUUGAUAAAACAAAUGUUGUUCUACUUUCUUAAGGUUUAUAGUUUACUGUUUUGUUAUUGCGGGUGACACAUGUCUAAGGGUAGCAUAAAAUGCAGUUUGGUGAGUGUAACGUAAGUUUUAAAGAAUUAAGGGGUGAUUUUCAGAUGCGUGGUGCUUCCCCACCAUAAUCAUCCUCACCACUGUGCUGAGAGUAGAUCACAAUUGUUCCAGUGUAUGAUCACUGAGCAAAUGUGUGAUACUUAUCCGGCUUCUGUCUAGUAUAAAGCAGGAUGUUUUGCUUUUGUGUGGCUGACACGUUCACUGUAAAUGACAUGUCCUGUCAGUAAUCGUGUACUGUCUGGAUACAGUGUGUACUCUACUGAGAUUAAGGUCCCUGAUGAGAUGUAAUCCUUUCCAGUCUGAUCUCUGACUAGCUUGAAAGUGAAUCUGUAGCAAUGUGGAUUAAAGUAAGGAUGUACCUGAAUGCUUGAAUCCUGUUAUUGGGUGAUGGAGUCUUCACUAAUCACAUGAUUGCUAGUAUACUUUAAGAUAUUUAUCAGCAUAUAAUUUGCCUGCCCAUAUUGUCGGUGUCCACAGAAGUACUUCUUGUGCCCCUGAGGUACAAUGCUGCUAAUUGCCUCUCUAACGAGGUGUGAUCUUUGAAGGUUGGCAAUGCGUUUCAGAUGUUUACAUUGUUGGGUGUAAUAUGACAGCAUUCAAUUUUACUAGUAAGCAGCUGAAUCUUGUAAUUGGCCCCUUUCUAAUACAUUCUGGAUGGGUCCCUUGUGAGAGCCACGAUCCUCAUGUGGAAUGAUUAUCCAUCAGAGAUAUCUGCAUCGUAUAAACAGAACACUACAGAUGUUUGUGAGCUAUAUUUUCUGAUUCAUAAGUAUCUUGACUGCCUAGGUCAGCUAUCACUGAGAUGUGUGUAACUUCGUCCCAUAUCUCUCUAGCUUUGGCACUCGUUUUAAUUCAGCCUCUGUAAUGUAUCGUGUAGAAACUGUUAAUAUCUGGGUUUCUGUCAGGUAGAGUUUAACCCCUUAAGGACCAAACUUCUGGAAUAAAAGGAAUCAUGUGUCCUUAAGGGGCUAAGUAUGCUGUAUUUUAUCGGUCAGAACAAUCUUUUCCAAACAAACUAUUUUAUUUUUAUUUUUUUCCCUCCUUGCUAAUUGUUACACCUUUUCUUUUACUGCAGGGGAGCGUAUUUUGGGAUAUUCUGAGGAAGCCUGUUACCUCUGGUUUGUCAUGGAGUUUUGCGAAGGUGGAGAUUUAAACCAGUAUGUACUUUCCAGGCGGCCGGAUCCAGCAACCAAUAAGAGUUUUAUGCUGCAGCUGACCAGCGCCAUUGCUUUUCUACACAAGAACCAGAUUGUUCACAGAGACUUAAAACCAGACAACAUUCUGAUUACAGAGCGCUCUGGGUCCCCUGUACUUAAAGUGGCAGACUUUGGGCUCAGUAAAGUGUGUGCAGGUUUGGCUCCUCGUGGAAAGGACAGUGCAGAGGGUGGCAGCAAUGAAAACAGAACUGUCAAUGUCAACAAGUACUGGUUAUCAUCUGCAUGCGGCUCAGACUUCUACAUGGCUCCUGAGGUGUGGGAGGGCCACUACACUGCAAAAGCUGAUAUAUUUGCUCUGGGCAUCAUCAUAUGGGCCAUGAUCGAGCGCAUCACUUUCGUUGAUGCAGAGACCAAGAAGGAGCUUCUAGGGACUUACAUAAAGCAGGGAAGUGAGAUUGUCCCUGUGGGUGAGGCACUGCUAGAGAACCCAAAGAUGGAACUUCACAUCCCACAGAAACGCAGGACUUCCAUGUCUGAGGGCAUCCGGCGGCUGCUGAAAGACAUGCUGGCUGUUAACCCGCAGGAUCGGCCAGAUGCUUUUGAGUUAGAGACGCGAAUGGACCAAGUUACUUGUGCUGCUUGAGGAAGUGUGUCGGUGAGUGACUUGGAAAUCACUUGCUCUCCGUGUUCCACAGGACACUGUUUAAAAGGAUAGUUCAAGCACUAAAACCACUUCUGUCUGCUGUUGCGGUCAUGGCGCAAGGACCAUCUCCUCAGUUCCUGCAUUUGCUUAGUAAAACACUGCUGUUUUUCCUGAAUAUUGGGAAAAGUGUUUGGCACUGUAACUUCUCCCCCAGUCAACUCAUCCAACUGUACAAAUAUUUUGUAUUCUCAGGAAAGCUUCCUCAAUUGUUUGACUAGAUUGGUGGGAUGGAGUUGGUUCCAAAUGCUUUAGCAGAUAUUAGAUCUGCAACAUUUCUAAAGGUGAGAUUGUUGGGACGUGGUCCUUGCACCAAAACCACUUCUUGCUGUGGUGGCUCUGGUGAUUGGCACAUCCCAUGAAAAUGGGAUGGCAACUAUUGUUUUCUCAAAUGCUUUAACACGAUACAGUUUUGAAAUAAUCCCUUUACAUUUAAAGAUCUAAAUCUAUAUACCAGCAGAGACUCCUUUAUGUGCGUGACUUCUAGUGUGCAAUUUUUAGAAUAGUUAAAGGAACACUAUAGCAUUGGGAAUGUAUUCCUAACUGUAUAGUCUUUCCCUACCUAUGUUGCUUGACCACCCAGUUUUAAUUGCAUUACAUCCAGUGUUGCGUUGCUCUCUGCCUUCCUGGCUUAGAACAUCAGUCUUGAUUGUCACGGCAAAUCCAGUGAUUCCCUUUAGGUACUCUUUGUAGUGUGCAUGCGCAGUGAAACGUUGCUCUGGCCAAUCACUUUCUCUCUAGAAAAGUAAUUUUAGCUAUUGGGGUUUAGCUCUGUUAUAGAUUUUGGAAGCGCCUCUAGAAGCUGUCUUCCUGACUGCCACUAGAGGGGUGUUAACCCUGUAAUGAAAACAUUGCCUUUCCUGCAAAAUGUCAUGUUUUUGUUUUUCACCUAAGUUGCAGGUAUGUGGCACCCGGACCACUUUAUUUAUAUAAAGUGAUCUUUGUGCCUAUGGCGGCCCUUUAAUAAAACAAUUGGGGAUUCAGCAUAGCAGUUCUGUCCUGUUGCAUGACUACCUUUAUAAACUUGCAUAUCCUAUGAUUUACAGAGUUGUUAACAUCUGGUGAGUUAAUGGUAGCGGGGGGUGUAUGAUGUGCCUUUUGUAAUCGUUAAGAGCAAUUGUUGCAUUUUUAGAAUUUGCCUACCUCGUAUUAUGUCUUGCUCUACAAGCUUUCCUGUAUGCGGGGAACAUAAUAUAUCUGUGGAACAACCGCGCUGUAAGGAUAUCCCUCCACCAUGCUCCCACUCUAUCUGAAUCUAAAGCUAGAUCUCCUGGCAAGAUCAGUUCCAGUCUUGAACUCAGCAGCUCACCGCUUAAUCUGGCAAACGGCUGAAUUCAGCUACAAGCUGCUCCAGUUGAUUCACUGAGAUUUCUAUUUUUUUUUUUUUUCAGAGGGGGGAGUGGCAGUGAGGGAUACAGGUUAUUGCUGUCCUCAUAUCCCAGCCUUCCUGCAUUUACCAGAGUAGAGAACAGUCUGUAGCCUGUUUUCAUUUCCCCAUCUGUGACCAUUCAUGCUUGCUAAUGCAGCUUAUAUAACUCAGUGCCCGAGGGGGACACAGGGUAGAUACGUUAGAUAUUGGUGCGCCGUUCUAAUGCCUCCCAGCUGCUUACUGUGCAUUGCUAUCCUUGCACAUUCCUCUACUUCCCCCGAACUGUCCCCAGCACUGAUUGUCCUAAACACUCACGUGUCUGUGCCAGUCUCUGUGCCAUGUUGCCAUCAUCGCACGUGUUGCAAAACCUCAAUCCUCUAACAUCUGCCAAAAUAAAUGGGUCAUCGUGUCAUUAGGACGUGGUGAGGGCUCUGUUUUUAUCGCCUCUUUACCAGUGUAGAAUUGUUACAAUCAGAUAUAGAUUGUGUAUGAAUGAGAAUGGAUUUUCAUAAUGGUACAUUCUAAAUUUGCAUAAACUGUUUCCUCACCAAAUUUAGUACUAGGCUAGAUGCUGACCAGAGCGAGCCUGAUGCUAACGAGAUCCAAAAGGUCAAAUCUGUUUUUUUCGGUUGGUUGAUUUUCUUUGACCCUCUGGGAUCACAGCUCCUGCACUGGUUUAAAGCCGUGUUCCUUUUGCUUGGGGUGGAAGGGGGACCUGUCAGUGCUUUGUGUCAAGCUGAGACCUCUUGAGGUGACAGUCCUUAAGGUGGCCUUUUCACAAGCUCCUAGUUGAGAUGUAGGGAAAGACACACCUACUCAAAACAUACUGUUGUGCAUUUCAUUUCUGCACCCCCUCUUGUGCCAUUCUUGCUGCCUUGGGCCAUAUGCAAGUUAAUUCUUGCUUUUAUGUAGUAAAUCUAGUUUUAUUUCCUUUCUCCACCUGCUACACAGCUAUGACCGUUACCGGCUGCUGUUGCGGCUACUUUGAUGCCUGCAUGAUUGGAUGCAAACUUCCUUUAACUUUUAUUUAUUGUGCAGUUGUCCAAACAGUACACAGCUGCACUUAAGAGAUUAACUGGAAGUAUGCAAAAAUAUAAUGGCUAUUGACGGCAUGGGAAAUGUUGAGUUCUAGGAAUGAUCUUUGAGUGACUUGGUGAAUACGUAUCAUUUAUCUGGUGCUUUGCAUGAGCAGUACAUCUGCAGUACUACAUUAUUCCAGUCUAUAGAAUCAUUGUUGGCAAACCUUACCUUGAACUCCAUUAGUAUGGUAAAGAUGUGUAUUUAUUGUAGUGAUGGGGCUGGGAGGCAGAAUCAUUGAGCUUGUAAGGAAGGAGGGCAGGGGACCAACUGGUGGGAAACACAAUCUGAUAGUAAUGAAGGGGAGUGGCAGUCUCAUUUGUGGCAUAAUGGAGUCUAAAGAUGGGCUGGUUAGCAAGUGUUGGUUGUGGGGGGGUAGGUGGGUUGCAGCAUGAAACUGUCACUUAUAAAGUGGCACCAUUUCUUAAAGUGUCUUAACAGAAUGGGGUUAGUGACAUUCAGUGACUUGGGAGGUAUUAAAAUGUGCUCAGUAGAUGCUCACACAGUGGACGGUGGGAUAUCUGUUCAUUCACGUUUGAUUUCUGAAGGCUGAGUAGCAAGUCUGGUGCGCUUCAGUUGCGGGGUACCUUCCAAGCAAAUGAGUAAAGGGCUAGGGAGAGCAGCGAAGGCUUGUCCGUCUGCUCCAAAUAUGUCUUCAGUUACAGAUCUUAAUACCCUCUCGUGUCUGUUUACAUGCCUGUAGCUUGACUGUCUUAGUGACACAGGUCAGCGGAAAUGAAGGCCAAAUGGGCACCUGCACACCAGACUUGCACAGAAUUUUGUGCCACGUGGCUGUCUAGUGUACCCAAACCGUUAUUAUAAUUUAGGCAAUAAUGUUGCCUCAGGUUUAAAUAUUUGUAAAUUUAUUCAACCCUUUCCCUUGUGUAUCUGGUGACUGGAUUUUGUGAAUGUGUAACGUACCAAAACGUUAGAUAUAGAUAAAUGUCUGUCUGGUGUGCGUGUUUUUUUUAUUUUUAUCCCUUUGUUAUUUUGCCUUGGGGGGGCAUUCUGGUCCUACACAAACCGAAUUCUUCAGUCAGAGCUUCAGAUGGUGUACUGUCUGCUGCGUGUGAAAUAUUGCUGUAGGUGUUGACAUAACGUGGUGCGAUGUCUUGUCACAUUGCUGCAGUCUCCUGGUUUGAUGUGAGGUCAUUGGCUGUGCAUCAUGGCUGUUGCAGUUCUGAAUUCUCUGCCAUUUUGCCAUCGGGCUGGAACCACCAUUGUGCUGUUUCAUUGAUGUUAUUGGAUAUUUUUUUUUCAUGUUCUUUAUUGGUUAAUCCUUCCAGUUUUAUCCUAAUUAUUUGUCUUCUUCCCCUACAGGGUUAACGAGUGACAAGACCCUUGUGUUCUUUCAAGCUUGAAGCUACAUCUGAUCUUACCUGGAAAGCUCUGCGUGGUUGGAGCAUUGGGGAGAUGGGCCUUUUCUUUUUAAAUACAUGGUUUUUAAAGACCUGCUAGAGAAUGGCUUCUAUGUCCACCCAGCUCUCCUGGUGCUGGCUACCUGAUGUUCCCUUGUUUUGGAUAGCUUCACUGACAUAUUAUUCUACAGGCAAUGGCACCAUGCUCCUUAGGAUACUGUGGCAAAGCUAUAGUGCCCCAGUGGAGCCUGCAUAUUGUUACACCACCACGUGUAUCAGGUGUGGCAACAAAACCGACUCCACUGGUCUUGGUUUCAUUAAUAAUUUGCAUGAGCUGCAGUCAGCUCUGUGGGGUUAAGGGAGGUGGUAGGCUUUCUUCAGGGGUGGUACACUAAACAACUGCAUCUUUAAAUGGGGUGAGCUGUCCUGUGCCCUCCUGCAUCUAAUCCCACAAAGUCUUCCCUUACUGUAAAACCCAUCCCUGUGCCUGGUCCCCACAGCCCUCCCCAGCCACCAAGCAUGGCACUGCAACCAAACCUAUCCUGCACACUCAUCAUGACUCAGGGAUAUCUGACUCAAGGGGAAAUAAAAGGUCCUCCGCUGCUUGCAGAGGAGUUCCUUGGGGUUCACUUUACCUCCCUUGUGCCUAACUCUCGCCUCCCUCUUUGCAGCACUUUUCAAACCUUGUUUCCUCUCCAUGCCCAGAGGCAGGGACAAUAAAUUUAUUUUUCAAGCCUCUACCGAAGUGCCUAUUAGCGCGCAGGUUUCUCAACCACUGGGACAAAUGGGAUGGGAGAAUAGGUGGGGUUAUCUUAGCGUUGGGGGUGGGGCUUGCACUGUCUUUUUAGUCACUUGUGAAACUCUUGUGCCUUAAUUAACCUUUUGCUCCUGCCACCCAGUUAUCACUGUGCCUGCUACCUUUCCUACCCUUGUUCACCUAUCAGCCCUCGUUUACAAAACAUUCAUCCCUUGCUGGAUGGGGUGGACUGCAGGCUGCUCACAAUCAGACUAUGAUGGCAGACACAAGAUUUUUAGUUCUGAUACUUUAAUGCAGACGUGUGGGAAAUGUGCAUCUCAAAGCGCCUAGGUGUGCUCCUGGAUGUCAGUAUAUACGAGAAAUGGCUCUGCAGUACAGUUGGAGGAUGCUUUAUAAUCUCUCCUUCACCCCCAUAAAAAGCCUAUUUAUGCAAGGAAAGUGUCUGUCUGUAUCAAGACACGUUCCCUUUCCAUUCUUCAAUUUUGGUUACUGCUGUUGUCACACCAUGUUUGCCCCUUUUUGACCUGGAUGGCAGUAAAAAUGCACGCUUAGAGCUUCUUUUUUUUUUUUUUUUCUUUAAAGUUCGCUUCUACAAAUUUCCAAAGCAGUAUUUGCCAAUUACUUGCAUUGACCUGCAGUGCAGAAAAUGCAUUUACAAUUUAUUUUUGAACUUUUUUAAUUUAAUUUUUUAAAGAAAUCCUAUAACUUUAAGUAAAUGCAACAGUGUCAGGUUAUGCUUCUGUCUGACCGUAAUCCCAGCAGAGUAGUGCCCACAUUUUCAUCUUCGGUAAACCAUCAGAAAUGAGUGGAAGACGCUAACUAUAUGAAAGGAGACUUUGGGUUCUUGUGUCAUUAUUUUUAUUUAUUUUUUAAGUCUGGAUAUUGGGAGCAAUCGAAUCACUAAGCACUGCUGGAUAGGCCUGCUAACAGUCUAGAUCAUACCCUUUUGCAGUGUGAUCAGGCUUCAUGUUGCAUGUCUGUCUCUGUCAUUAAUAGAAUGACAUGCUGUGCUCGACCAUACAGUUCUAUCUGUACUGUGUACAGUAAGGCCCUACCAGUGUACACCAUUGUCUCUUGCCUAUACGCGAGUACUGGCUGAGUGUAUAAUUCAAACUGCUCCUAAAUAUUCGGCUGUCUUACCAUGUGACGUUACACUAACAUUCUCAUAUCCCAACAUUCAUGUCAUUGGAAAAUUUAUAGCAGGAGACCUAGCUGAUGGCUUUAUAUUUUUUUUUAAACUUUAUUUUAUUUUUAUGGGAAUCUUUCCACCAAGCCUGAGAAUUCAGGGUAACAAAUGUGUUGCUGCAGAGAGGCUUUGCUCCUGUCUGCCUGAAGUAGGCUAUCUUGAUCUACAGUGUAUUCCCAAAGAUGCUGGUGGGCAGUACAUGUAAAGUGCUGUCCUUCAACAUGCAAUAUGUUAAAGGACAUUGUGUUGCACGGCAUUACUUUUCAUGCACUACCCACUGGCUGAUGGUUGAUCUGUCCAGAAAGACUUGACGGAUCUGGCAACCCUAAGUCACCUCUGCAGAGUAGUGUGGUUGUGUUUUUUGUUUUUGUUUUUUUUAAUGGUAAUAAAGAAUAGCUGAUUUUUGCUUCAAAUUAAUGUGACAAGCGAUUGCGUGGAAAGAUUUAUUAAUCUGCUUUUAGUUCUUCUUGCACCAUGCUUAUUUAUUUUGUAUCCAACAUUCACAGGGUUUAGUGACAGUCCCUCUUUAAAUGUCUGUGCAAUGCAUGUCAUCCACUUAACGUGCACAGAACGUGUCCACAUGUUCCCAGGAUGUCUUUGUGCACUUUUGCUGCUGUUUUUUGAGAUGUAACUGCGUAUAAACUAGCCCAUCUCUAAAAAUUCUAUGUACUGGAUACCCUUCCAACCCCCACAGUACAGUUCUCAAUCCUGUUCUCCAUUCCCCUUUUUUUUUGCACAUAUGCUGGUGACAGGACCUUCUCUCUUUUUUUUUUCUCUUCAUUUUCUUUAAUAUUGACCUGAUUGUACGCUCCCCCUUCACGUCUUCCCCCUUACAUGAUGUCCUUCUGUAUUUAUGUUCAUGUCCCUUUAACACUGUAGCGCUCCCCGAGUGGCUGUUUGUGAUGUAUGUACAUUUUUUGUUUUCCUUCUUGUGUAUAUAAAUAAAAUCAGAGAAACCUUCAUCUGUGUUGCGGCCUUUUAUUCCAAAUGCUUGGACUUCAUACUGUUUGGUAGUAAUAGCCAUUGUCAAAUUCUGCCGUAGUUUUUUUUUAAAUGGCAAUCGCCACUUCCAAAAAGCUGACUGUUUACUUAUACGCUAUAUUUAAGUCGUGUUUUGGUCUGGGGAAAAAAUAUAUUUACCGAAAUCAAUGUUUGUGACUCCGUUUCAAUCCUAUACAAGCAACACUAGAAUCUCCA